AUGGACGAAGAAUAUCAACCUUAUCCAGGAAUGUGGACAUGUUUUCCCUGUGUGGUACUAUGGAAAUGGGGCAAGAGUAGGAUGAUCAGGAAUGAUCCGGAACGAGAACCUCUCUAUCCCUCACCACAUACCAUCUUAACAGCUCCAAGCAAGAAACAGCGUCCCAACCUUUCCAAUCUCCAUCAUUCAUCUCACUCAUCCUCGUUCCAUGGUCUGUUCACCUCUGAACCUGUUUCACCUACCAAAUCGACUGUUAAUGGAUAUUUCAGUGAGGGGAAGCGGAAUGCAAGUACUUCGAAAUUAAGUGAAGAAGGGAGAGAGAGGUUGGGUAGUAUCUCUAGGGCUUAUGGAGGUCGAAUGCAAUUUCUCGCUCAACCUCCAUCUAUCCCUUCCACCCCCUCUUUACCAUCCACACCUCAUCUCAACGACAAUGCCACCAACGGUAACAGUCGACCGCGCCCUCUAUCAGCUUUAACACCCAUGACAACCAGUCAAUCCCAAGAUAAUUUACCUUACCGACCAUCUGUACCCAAUCUCGGAAGAUCAUCAUCCGAACCUAGAAACCUCAAUGAUCUGGGGGCAUCAGGUGAUUUUGCACCUCAUCAAAUACCCAAUUUCGGUAGUGGUAGUGUGACAGUAGGAAGAGGAGGCAGUAGGGGUAGGAAAAGAAGUGCCACAACCUCUGCAGCGAGAUUAUCUUCACCUUUAGCUUUGAACGUUGAUAAUGCAAAUAUAACAAAAAGAGAAAGAGGUAGAAGUCCCGGUCCGGCUAUACUUACUCGAGCUCAAGAUCAGUUUGAUAAUUUAGAUAAUUCCGAUCCGAUUCAAGAUGGAGAGGGAGAUAGGGAAGUAGAAGAAAGGUAUAUACCUAUGGGAAGAAGUCUCUCACAUCCUGAACUCACACUUACAUUUACAUCGAACGCAAACACAAACACAAACGCUCAAGGGAAUGAACAUGAAGGGGAAGAUGAGGUGGUGGUCAAGCGAGAAUUGGGUUUGAGAGGUCUGAAUAGUGUCAGAGGUGGGAAGAGAGGUAGAGGUAGGGGAGGCAAAAGGAUCAGGUCAGAUUGA